CGAGCAACAAGUUGGACUUACUUUAACUUUUACUGCUUAGUUUAUUUCAACUCCUGGUUGUUUUAUUCGAAUAAUAAAUGAUUUAAUCGACGCUCAGAGAACUUAUAAAGACGUGUGUUGUGUAUGUAAAUAAAUGAGAGAAGUGCGGUGCGCUGGCGGCUAAUCGUUGUGUUUUGUUUUUGUUCCAGUUAGCUUAGCUCUGCUCUGUGAUGAGUAAAGCGGAGCUGUUAGCCCAGUAACUGCAACUCAGGGUUUAAAUCCUCGGUCCGUUUAAAACGAGCGCCACCGAGGAUAUAAUAUUCAAAAUGGCAUGCAGGGAGUGUUUUUGCUACAUGAAUAUCUUCUACUAUUGAGCUAGUAUGCUCUCAAGAAAGAAAAGUAAGAACGAAGCGUCCAAACCAGCAGAAGUCCAGGGCAAGUAUGUGAAGAAGGAGACUUCCCCUCUGCUGAGGAAUCUCAUGCCCUCGUUCAUCCGUCAUGGGCCAACAAUUCCACGUCGGGCAGAGGUGCCAUUGCCGGAUGGUUCUGCGGUACCCACUGCCAGUGUGUACCCUUUGAGUUCAGGAGCAGGGACUGACGCACCUGGGCGGAAAAGUUUCCUCCGCAACGUGACUCCACGGCCACAACACGAGGUCUCCCGGCGAGAAAGUCAUCGCGUAUCUGCUCCUCUGUAUCUUCCACGCUCGCUUUCUGACCUUCCUCAUGAGUUUGCCUCAUCCACACCCUCUUUCGCCAGUGACAGUGGGCCGAUAGUGGAAAACGGAGACGUUACCCGUUUUUACUACCCCCCAGAGGGAUAUUACGAAAAUCCCCCCAGGCAUGUGCGCCGGCCCGAUCACUUCUGCGAUGACUACAGGUACUAUGAGCGCAGUGAACUGAACUACCCAAGAGUGCCUGCACAGCCUCAGACACCCCAGCCCCCCAGUCGGCCCCCUGCAGCUAUUGGACGUAUGCAGGCAAAGUCUCUGGGCAACCUUACAAGUCUAAGUGCCGAGGAGACUGCUCUUCCGGCAGGCUGGUCAGUCGACUGGACGAUUCGAGGCAGGAAAUACUUCAUCGAUCACAACACUAACACCACUCAUUGGAGCCACCCACUGGAGAGGGAGGGACUUCCUCCUGGCUGGGAGAGGGUGGAGUCAGCAGAGUUUGGAGUUUAUUACGUUGACCAUAUUAACAAACGGGCUCAGUACAAGCACCCCUGUGCUCCCAGUGUUCCACGCUAUGACCAGCCUCCACCACUUCCACCACCAAUCACUUACCAGCCGCGACCACCAGAGCGUAAUCAGCCAGUUUUGGUGCCAGCUAACCCGUACCACACUGCCGAGAUUCCAGACUGGCUGCAGGUUUAUGCCCGAGCACCCCUAAAGUAUGACCACAUUCUGAAGUGGGAGCUGUUCCAGCUGAUGGACCUGGACACGUAUCAGGGCAUGCUGAAGCUGCUGUUUAUGAAGGAACUGGAGCGCAUCGUUAAAUCGUACGAAGCUUACCGACAGGCACUGCUUACUGAAGUCGACAUGCGCAAACAACGCCAGCAGUGGUAUGCUCAACAGCCAACCAAAAACUUUCCCCACAACAUGUGACCUUCAGCAGUGAAAACACGCUCCCUCUCUAAUGUACACUGACGAGUCUCCGUGUCUCGGCCUUCCUGGGGGCUUUAGCAGCAUGAUACUGUAUAAUCAUACAGCAAAUGCUGAGAAGUGCUAGAGUCAAAGUACAGGACUCACUUAACUGGGAGCAGUGUUUAAAUCAUUUUAACCACAUUGCUCUGCUUCCAGUAGUGCCAUUACCAAGACUCUAUCUCCUCAGAGGAACAGAUCACCAAGGGUGGUAGAGUAAGCAAUAUUGUCUUAAACUGAGCCACACAAUCGCUCUCCUUUACAUUUGGUGAAAGUGUUGAUUGGUGUACAUGAAUUUACACCAUAUUCUAUUUAGUUUCAAAACGGGAUUUUGUUUUGCACUGGAGCUAUAAGGCUAAUUUAAUGAAACUCCUAAAUCUUUACUAUAUGGUCAAAAGUAUUGAGACAUUUGCUAAUUACUGAGUUCAGGUGUUUUAGACACACUCACUGUUAAGAAGUGUUUAAAAUCAAUGCUUUAAAAACAAACUAUAUGUUUUUAACUUUGUGGCAACAGUGUAGGAAAGGCCCUUUUAUGUUUCAGCAUGAAUGUGCUCCCAUUUGGUGUGGAGAAACUACAGUGGCCUGCACAAAGACCUAACCUUAAACCCACUGCUCCAUAUUGGGGGACUUAUUUUAAGCCAGGCCUUCUCGUCCAACAUGAGUGACUUGGCUUAAUGCUGUUCUGACUUAAUAGGUAUACAUUCUCAGAGACACACAUCAAAAUUGUCUGGAUCGUUUUCUCUAAAAGUAAAGGCAUGGUUCCUGGGGUCGAUUCCAGACGGUCCUUUCUGUGUGAAGUCUGCAUGUUUUCUCUCCGUGUCUGAACUGUGGGAGGAAACCCACACAAAGACGUGCAAGUGAGGUGAAUUAGAGAAACUAAAUUGUCCAUGACAAUUGAACUGAUGAAUCUUGUGUAACAAGUGAUUACCUGUCUUGUCAUGAAUGUAACAAGAGUGUGUAAAACAUGACAUUAAAAUCCUAAGAAAAUAAAAUAAAUAAAAAGUAGAGGCUAUUAUAGCCACGAACGGGGUGCUAACUCAGUAUUAUUGUCCACGGUUUUGGAAUGGGAUGUCCAAACAGCUUAUGGUCAGAUGUCUACAUAUUUUUGGCCAUAUUCUCUCAGUAUAUUCCUUGAAACAAUUAGUCCAAAUCACAGUCUCAAGUGUGUGUGCUGAAUGUAAUCUAUAAAUGUAAACUAAACAUCCCAGCGCAUCGAAAAUUCUAACAUAAUUAAAGGCAGCCGUGCCAGGCCGACUCCGCUAGUCUACUAAACUGCUGAUUUUUAGCAUGCACGUGUUACUCUUGUCAGUCACCACAACAGAUUUCUCUUGCUUUGAUUCUUUUGUAUCCUUCACUAAGACCCUUUGGAUCUACCAAUCUAAUCAUUUCCAGUUCCUAAUUGUGAACCUGCUGCUGCUUGCACAACCCCUGAUCUGGUCAAGGAUAUCCAGAUCUCCACACACUCUCUGCACACGUGUCCAAUCUGUGGGCGCUUUUCACCUUUCAGAAUUGGGUUCCCACACAAAGCUCUAUCGCAUAUGGAGAACCAUGCUAAGCUCAGUGUGCAUGGUGGUGCAUGGUGGUGCAAAAGUUGGUGCAAAAAAAAACGAUGUCGCUCCGGGGACCUGGGUUCAAACCUUGCAUCUGUAACUGCCUAUUAAGAGUUUCUCUGAAUAAACUGCUUAUACUCUUACGUUAGGGAUGUAUCAUCAUCUUGUUUUUAGUGUUUUCGGGUAGGCUCCAGACCCACCGCAACCCUUAUAGCACUCACUAAAAAUAAAUAUAUACCCUUUUAGUAGGGUGUUCUCAUGAAGCAGCUUUUAAAUUAUUUAUUAGCAUGGAUGCUCAGAUGCAAAUUAUGAAUACAAUAUUUUUAUUAUAUUAUAGGCUGUGUAUGGCCUUAUGUGAACUGUUUUAAAUAAUAUAAUAUGUGAUGCACAUGGCCACUUUAUUGGGAACACUUCAACUAAUUAUUAUUGUGAUCAUCCAAUUGAUUAGUUCUUUGACAGCUUUACAAUGCAAAAAGAGCAUAGACACAUCAAGUGUGUGUGUGUGGGAGGGGGUGUGAUCUAUGGCCAUGGCCUGGUUGUUGGUGCCAGGCAGGGCAGACUAGUUCGACUAAACUGCUGAGCUCCUGGGAUUUUCACACAUAGUGGUCCUUAGAGUUUAAAAAUACAGUGAGUGGCAAUGCCACAGACAAAAACAUUUUGUUGAUUGGAGAGGUCAGAGCAGAUGAACCGGUGUGAGCUAAUGGGAAGGCCAUAGUAACUUAAUAACAAUUAUCAUGCAGCAGUCUGUGGCUACAGUAGACUUAUCAACACUGUACAGUUAAAGAUCGGAAAACCGCUGCCUUGUCUGAUCUGUCUUUUUUAUCUUAAUUCUUUUUUUAUCUUAAUUCCUUUUUUAUCUGUUUUCUUCAUUUCUCCUUUUCCUCCCAGUCUAGUCAUAUCCACUUACUCACUUGCACCUUUCCUUUACUGCUGCAGACCCUUACCCCAACUAAAGAAGGGCUGUCCUUAACGCAUGCCCCCCUCAUUUAUGUUUUGGCAGGCCAUACAGGAUUAACAAUCUAAUAAUUGUCAACACCAUCAUCAUCCAUCAUCUCCCAAUUCCUUUUGUCUCCUUGACAAUGACCAGCAUCUUGUUUUGGUUAUGUGGAAACUAUCACUCUGACUCAUCUGAGUGGCACAUAAGCGGGAUUAUGUCAGACACUCUGGCUGCACCGUUAGACAAUGAAAAACAUUCUCUGUUGCAAUGGCUGUACCUAAUAUUGUUAUAACUAAUACAGUCAUGACCUUUAAAGAAAAAAUAUGGUGCCUAUGGUCAAACGUGGUAAAGUUUUGUAGAUGUUUUGGGGUUGCUUUGCUUCUUCUCUUACUGGCUGCCUUAAAUGUGUGCAUGAAUUCUUAAGACUAUGUCAGUACAAUAGAUAUCAGGACAAUGACCCAAAGUGUAUUCAGAAAACACCCAGAAGUGGAUUAAGACAAAGCAGUUUAAAUCUAAAUCCUAUCAAAUACCUGUAGAGAGAUCUCAAAACAGCAGUUGGGAGAAUGCACAACACAACUCAAUUAGGAAUAGAUUGAUUUCAGUUAUUUUUUCCAAAGGGUGUACUACCAGAUGUUAAGUUAAAGGGGGCAAUUAUUUAGUCCAAUGUAGUUCUGCAGUUGUGUGGGGUAUUAUCAGAUUUGACUUUAUCCUCAUAUCUUUCCAGUGCAAAGAAACAAACAUGAAUAUCGAAGCAAUUGUCAUUGUAGCAAUGUUCUGGGAGAAAAGCAGAGAUGCCAAUACUUUUGGUCAUGACUGUGUGUUUGUACCAUGUGGCCACCCUGUCAGUAUUACUGCUGUGCUGGCAUCACCACAAAAUAUCUGGUCUGUGCUUGUCCUAUGGUCGUCUCUUUACAGUAAUUGAAGGGGUAAAAGGCAGCUGAUAAAACGUUUCUACCUCAAGUCAUUCAUUCAUUGUCUGUUUUACCACCUCUUUAUUCUGGUCAGGGUCGCUGUGUCAAGUUAAUUUUAUUUGUUUAGCACUUUUUACAAUAUACUUUUUAGAUAUUGUCUCAAAGCAGCUUUACAGAGUCCAGGACAGACAGACCAAAAGCCCCUGUUGUGCAAGCCAAGGGCAGCAGUGCCAAGAAAAACUCCCCUAAAUUACAGCAAGAAACCUUUAAAGGAAGCAGACUCAGCAGGGACCUCCAUUCUCCUGGGGUGACUAGAAGUUUAAGAAUUAGCGAAAAGAGUGAACAAGCAAUUGCAGUUCUUCAUUAAUCAGUCCAGUCUGUGAUAAAGUCCAGAGUGAGUUCUGGACAUUUUCGGUUCAAUACGCCAGGUUUCCAUCUCAUCUAAAACGAGCUGCAUUGUUGGCACCUGGGCAAUCACAGGGCAAACACACACAAUUACACACACUCACACUAAGAGCAAUAUUUUGUAGCUUCAAUUGGCCUGACUGCAUGUCUUUGGACUGUAAACUGGAACUGAACUGAAACACAUGUGGAACCUGGUCUCUUUUUGCUAAAAGGCUGUGAGAUGAUAUGAUUUGUUGAGUCUUUUAUUAGCUUCUUAGCUCUAGUGCAGAACUAAAAAGUGAAAUCUCAUAUACAUUUCAAUCAUGUCCAGAAUUCUGGGGGAAGAUUGUGUGAACUUUUUUUUAUUUAUUUGUUGGAUAACUCAAUGACACUACAGUGCCUGAUAAAAACUAGGGCUUUCACUGAGCUGUAUAUCUUCAGUAGCCCUUAUUUCUCUGUCACAUGGGCAUAUACACACAGCUCCUGUUGCAACAUCCUGUUACAAUCCGAAAAGCUUGUGUUGCCACUUGACCUGUAUCAUACACUCUUGUUUUCUGCAGCAAUGGACAAUUCUGUUUUUAUAUGGACUUUCUCUAUGACAACCGAGGCUACUGGACAUGUUACAGGUUGUAUUUUUCUUGUUGUUAAGGAAUAUGUCUUUAAGGAAUUUCAGAAGCAGAAGCAUCAUGUGAUGCAGGGUAAGUGUGAGCUCAUUUGGCUCCUGGCAUUGUUUUAAAAUACGCUUUUGUCUUUAUAUACAAGUAUAUUUUCCUGUAUAAUGAAAUGAUAUAUAUAUAUGGACAUAAAAACGAGAAACGUG